CUCUCUGUGCACCAUAAAUAGAGGACUCUUCCCCUUUCCAGGCACAACCAAACUCAUCCAUCUUCUCCUCACGUUUUCCUUUCAGUACUGUGCACCUUUUUCUGCAAUUGCUUGAGUAGAAAGUUGCAAUGGCUGCUGCCUUUAAGUUUCCUGCCGCUGGACAUGCAACUUCCAUUUUCUUCUUCCUGAUCGCUGUGGUUGCUUUUUCUCCAACCGGCUCUUAUGGCGACGCUGGAUGGCAGAGUGGCCAUGCCACCUUCUACGGAGGUGGUGAUGCAUCUGGCACCAUGGGAGGAGCUUGUGGCUAUGGCAACUUGUACAGCCAGGGCUAUGGCACACUUACUGCUGCACUAAGCACUGCUCUGUUCAAUGAUGGCCUCAGCUGUGGGUCCUGCUACGAGAUGAGGUGUGACGACGAUCCCAAGUGGUGCAGGCCAGGCACUAUUACUGUCACUGCCACCAACUUCUGUCCACCCAACUUCGCCUUGCCUAACAACAAUGGAGGAUGGUGCAACCCUCCCCUGCAACACUUCGACAUGGCUGAGCCUGCUUUCCUGCAGAUCGCCGAGUACAGGGCCGGAAUCGUGCCAGUAGCAUUCAGAAGGGUUCCAUGCGUGAAGAAAGGAGGAAUAAGGUUCACCAUCAAUGGCCACUCCUACUUCAACCUGGUGCUCAUCACCAACGUUGCUGGAGCAGGGGACAUCCACGCUGUGUCCAUAAAAGGGUCUAGAACAGGGUGGCAGCCCAUGUCUAGGAAUUGGGGCCAGAACUGGCAGAGCAACUCGUACCUCAACGGCCAGUCCCUAUCCUUUCAGGUCACCACUAGCGACGGCAAGACUGUCACCAGCUACAAUGUCGCGCCUGCUAAUUGGCAAUUUGGUCAGACGUUUGAGGGCGGUCAGUUCUAGAGAGAGAAAAGAUAAACAUUUACUUGUUCUUUUUAUUAUCUGGAACAAGGGAAGAAGAAGGAUCAUGGAAUUAGGGGCCAUGUACGCUGAGGUUGCUUCCUCGCACCCGCAAGGCCACGGUAUAAAGCUCUGUAAAAAAUAUACAUAGUUUCUUGGAUGGUAGUAAAAAUUGCCCCUUGAUGAAGAAGGCGCAAAUGGCAGUUAGGAGUUUGUAUAAGUACUGGAGCGAUUAAUUGGUCUGUGUCAUGAGACACUUGUAUUAGUUACAUGUAAACUCGUGCAUUAUGAGAUAUGGUGAAGACAUUGACGUUUAUUAAAAGCUGUUCUUUCUUGGCAUUGCA